CAUGAGGUCUGCUAUCUCUCUUUAUGUCGCGUGCUUCUGUUACUGUCCUCCAAUGUCCACGCAGAUCACGUCAGGCCUUAUCUGAAUGAAAAUAUAACUUUCUACAACUUACAUAUUUGUGUGAUCGCGUUCUAUGGUUAAAUUGACAACGUGGAGUGUUGCACACGACGCACUACUGACAGGACCGUAAUGACCGACCGACAUCUUCCACACAAGGUUAACGAGCUAGCAGACGACAUUCACAACUGCUGACAUCGACAGCAGCUUACAUCGCCAGCAGACGACAUCCACAGCAGCUGACAUCAACAGCAGACGACAUCUACAACACCUUACAUCGAUAGCAGACGACAACAUCCACAGCUGACAUUGACAAGAGACGACAUCCACAACAGCUUAGCGCGACAGCACACGGCAUCCACAACAGCUGACAUCUACAGCAGACGACAUCCACAACAGCUGACAUCCACAGCAAAAGACAUACACUGUCGGUGAUACCAGUUGGCAGGCACCAUCUACUACAACAGGCACAAAAAAUAGGCGUACGAUCAAAUAUAAAUAUAUUUUCACCCAAUAACAUCGACACCAAAUGGUGGAUACACAGGGUGUGUAUCAAAGUUCGUAACCGUCAACACCGACAGCUGACGACAUCCACAAUAGAUGACAUCACCGAAAGUCGACAUCCACAACAGUUGAUACUGACAGCAGAUGAAUCCUUACAUCUAAACCACACAAGACGACACCAAAGGCGAUUUUGAAGAAUCGAAGCUUGCGACUUUUCAAGAGGACAUAUUAAAUCCUAAGGAGGCAAUGUCAGAGACUACAGACAUCAAGAACCUGCUCACUGAGUGCCAUACGUGUUUAAAACAGUAUGACCGGAAGUCACGUGUUCCUCGGCGCAUGCCCUGUUGUUCAGAGACCGUAUGUGAGCCUUGUCUCACUUCCUGUCAAACCAAUGGCCGCCUCAUCUGUCCCCUGUGUCAAAAGGAAACAUCUGAACACAAAGAGGUUUCAAAUCUGCCAAUUGAUCCCCUUGUGAUCAAGCUUCUCUCACAGAACACCACGUCACCCCUCACGUGCACGUUCUGCUCUUUCAACAAUCCUGCCAUCGCAAAAUGCUGUCAGUGUAGCGAUCUGCUUUGUCAGUCCUGUCUGAGCACUCAUUCAAUGAACAAACUUCCCAUCAACCACGACGUCAUCUCCAUUGACGCAAUCAAACAGCAACGUGCCAUCCGUUCGGAGACAUUGUCCAGAAGUCUUAGCCUCCAGUCAAUGAACCUCCUGGGUCAGCUUAAGGAGAAGGGGGAAGGGGUGAUGGCUCGGAUGAAGCAGUUGGAUGAUGUCCUGAAGAACAUAGGUCAGUCCCGGAAGAGCGCCAUGGGAGAUAUCAAUAAAUGUUUUGACGACCUGCUAAAGGAGCUGCAAGAGAGGAGGAAGUUCCUCUUGUCUCAGGUGGAGCUGAGGGCGGACCAACACGCCAGUACUGUCAAAUAUGCCAAGGCUUCUCAUCACGGCAUCAACGAAAAGAUUAAGAAGUUAUCACAGAACAUAUCAAAGGGUCGUAAGGAUUCACCGGCUGCUAUUAUCUCAUUACUCCAAGAAACCGCAAAGGAUGUAGAUUUUGCCCGGAAGGGGGUCUGCUUUGUGCCCGCGAACACCCAGCAUCUCUUCUCCAUCCUCCAGACAGCUGGGCUGGUCCGGUCCAUCACCUUCACGCCGGCGGAAAAGCCCUGGGGAGUUCCAGACGCCGUCAUCUACAACGCAAUAUCCCUGGACCCUAUCAGUAUCCCACAAGUGUCGAAUGGAGAUGUUGGCUUUCUUUCCCACAGCAGAGCACACAGUGAACAAACAUGCUCGCUUGGAGACCAGGUUGUUGUCUUGAAGACUGCUAGCAAACAUCGAACUCUCUUUUGCCCAAACUUGGAAUGGGACACCAGCACCGCAAACCGGACUGUCACUACAUCCGGGCCUGUGAUCACCAACACCAGACCAGAACCGCCUUUGUUCAACAGCGGUUGCCGUAUACAGGCUGACCGUCACGUGAUGACCUCCAAACCGCUGUUGAUGAGAAACGGACAACAAGCCAUGUACCAGGUUAAGGUGAAGUACAAUCCCAAGAUGUUGAUUCAAGACAACAAGAUGCUCUUUGAGGUGUGUCUCACUGACUCCCCUGUAGAUUCUGUCUGGAGCCAGCCGAGCGGACUCAGCGUCAACUUGGCUUCCUGUUCUCACCAUCUUCAGCAGCUGUGCCUCAGGGUCGUCUACGACAACCAACUGCUUGAAGACACGCCCAUUGCCCAGAACGAGGUUGGUGUGUCACGUUACCUCCAUCUUGCUUUCCUUUUGAAUUCUGGUAGGAACGAGAUACACGUGAUCGACGUUGAGGAUGUCAGAGUCAUCAGCACUGUGACGGACGUUGACUUCGACAACCCGCUGUGGUUGAUGAUGAUGUUGGCGUGGCCAUCGUGGGCAAACAUGGCGGCUGCGCUUGCAUCAGGAACAAGGAUAGAUGUGUCAAAGGACAUCAACAAACUACUGUCUUCGCUUCAAGCGAGUAACAUCUGAUAAACAGGACGACCUUUGGAAGCUGUGACAAAGACAUGCAUAUUUUUAUAACCUUGAUAAAAAUCAUGAUUAUGCGAUAUUAUGUGAAAGGAUAAUGCCGAAAAUUCAGUGCACCAUACCGCGCGUAAAGGAUUUUUCUUGUUAAUAUAUACUACUCAAACUAGGUUAAGGAUCACCCGAUUCUUUCACAUCACUAUAGUAAAUAUGUCAUGGUACUAUAAAAAGGAUCGGAGGUUCUUUAAGUUUUUAGUAGCAUAUAUCAAGGUCAGGUAACUCUUAACAAAUUCGUUUUAUCAUAUACCUUGCCUACAUGAAAUUCUGUAAUUUAUGUACCAUUCUAGAAAAGGUUCUCAAACCAGAAAAAAAUAUAAAUGUGAUACGAUGCUGGCCUGAGCAAAGUGAUGCAGAUGUGUAUUAUACUGAUGAUAGCGUUGCACUUAGACAAUGAAUGUGUCCAUGAUUGGGCGCAUAAGUGUAGAAGUUUCAUCGUAUUACACACACUCUACGUGAGAACUGGGAUGUUAAUUUAAUUAAAUAUGUUUUAAAAUUAAUUUAAUGAAUAGAAAUGUAACCAAUGCAUAUCACACUAUCU